UCCCUUUGCUAUAAGAAAUGUAAAUGUAGAUCCAUCGAACCUGGGUACAUACCCAUCUUCCUAUCUCUAUACCAACAACACCUGAUCAGUCUAUUCAAAGAACAGUAAACAUGGCAGAAUCUAUAACCCCAGAUCGUGAUCGAUACAUAGUGGGUUACGCUUUAUCUACAAGAAAACUGUCCUCUUUCAUGACACCACAUUUGAUCAAUCACGCCAAACAUCACGCCGCCAUUGAUUUCGUCAAAAUUGACACAUCCAAACCCCUUACUCAACAAUCUCCAUUCCAUUGCAUCCUUCACAAAAUCAAAACUAACGAAUGGAAGCUUAAUCUCCAUGAUUACACUCUCAAAAACCCAACUACUAUAAUCAUCGAUCCGCCUUCGAAAAUUGAACGCCUCCAUAACCGUAUUUCAAUGCUAGAAUUCAUACCAAAUCAGCUCAAAAUCCCAAACUUAAACAUCCCAAAUCAGCAUAUUGUUGAAGAUUCUUCAACAUUGUCAAUUAUUAAUCCUGAAUUAAAAUUCCCAGUUAUUGCUAAACCACUUGUUGCAGAUGGGAGCACCAACUCACACAACAUGUCUUUGGUGUUGAAUCAACAAGGGCUGACUAAACUCGAUAUCGAAUUCCCGGUUGUUUUGCAGCAGUUUGUGAAUCAUGGAGGUGUUAUAUUUAAGGUUUAUGUAGCAGGUGAUUACGUGAAAUGUGUAGUACGAGGUUCGUUGGCUGAUAUAUCCGAUGAAAUGCGGAAGAAAAUGUCGUUGGAAUCAGAGGGUGUUUUGUGUUUUUCGCAGAUAUCGAAUUCUGCAAUGGCUAGUGAUGCAGUGGAGAUGCCUGCGACGGAAUUUGUUGCGAAUGUGGCUAAAAGGAUGAGGGAGGUUUUAGGAUUGCGUCUUUUUAAUUUUGAUAUGGUUAGAGAUUGUCACAAUGGAAGUGGGUAUUUGGUGAUUGAUAUUAAUUACUUUCCGGGUUAUGAGAAAUUGCCUUCUUAUGAGACUGUCAUAACAGAUUUCUUGUUAGAUGUUCUGAAAUCGCAGUGAUGGCUAGUUGUCGGAUUUGGAACAUGUUCCCUACUGGUUUGUAUUGUCAAUUGCAUUGUCUAGUUUUUUACUUAAAUUAAGACGUUGUUUUGCUAGUAUCGCAUAUGUUGAGUUAUAGAUCUACAAUAUAUGUUA